UGACGAAGUUUAUCCGUAUUGGAAUCGCCGACAAGAACGACAACCCACCGUUCUUCGACAAGACGCUGUACGAGGCUGAAGUGGACGAAAACGAGGACAUUCAGCACACCGUCCUCACCGUCACCGCCAAGGAUCUCGACGAAUCCUCACGUAUAAGAUAUGAAAUCACCAAUGGUAAUAUCGGAGGAGCUUUUGCCGUGAAGAACAUGACUGGUGCCAUAUAUGUGGCAGGACCUCUGGAUUAUGAAACAAGAAAGCGGUAUGAGCUCAAACUGGUGGCUUCAGACAAUCGUAAUGAGAACCACACCACAGUUGUCAUUCACGUCAAAGAUGUGAAUGACAAUCCACCCAUGUUUGACCGUCCACUGUAUGAGACGCAGAUCACCGAGGAAGAUGACCGCAGCCUGCCUAAAAAUAUCCUCACGGUAACUGCAGCUGAUGGUGAUCGUGACCGAGUGCAGGACAUUGUGUAUUUCCUUACUGGUCAGGGCAUUUAUGUAGACAACCCAGACCAGUCUCAGUUUGAAGUCAAUCGUACCUCAGGAGAGAUCUUUGUCAAGAAGCCUCUUGAUCGUGACCAUCCUAAAGGCCGGCCUACUUGGAGGUUCACAGUGUUUGCUCAGGAUGAAGGUGGUACAGGUCUGGUGGGUUAUGCUGAUGUCCAGGUCAACCUGAAGGACAUCAAUGACAAUGCUCCAGUGUUUCCACAGAUGGUGUAUUUUGGCAAUGUGACAGAAAAUGGUACACAAGGUAUGGUUGUUAUGACCAUGACAGCUGAGGAUUAUGAUGAUCCCAAUGAAGGUACCAAUGCCAAGCUUACGUACUCCAUUGAGAAGAAUGUCAUUGAUGAGAACACUGCAAUGCCCAUUUUCGAAAUUGAGCCAGAUACUGGAGUGAUUAAGACGGCUGUGUGCUGCCUUGACAGAGAAAAGACCCCAGAUUAUUCCAUUCAAGUGGUUGCAGUUGAUGGUGGAGGUCUAAAAGGAACUGGUACUGCAAGCAUAAGAGUCAGAGACAUUAACGAUAUGCCACCCAGGUUCACUAAAGAAGAAUGGGUAACAGAAGUAGAUGAAACAGAGGGUGCCCUUCUACCUGAUCAGGCCAUCUUGACAGUAACAGUUCAUGACGAGGACGAAACAAAUAAGUUCCACUACAAAGUGAUUGAGUCAUCAGGAUUUGGUGCUGAUAAGUUCACUAUGGUUAGAAACAAUGAUGGCACAGGUUCUCUGAAGAUUGUACAGCCCCUUGACUAUGAAGAUCCCAUGCAGCGCAGUGGGUUCAGAUUCAAGAUCCAAGUAAAUGACAAGGGAGAAGACAACGAUGCAGAGAAGUAUCAUGUAGCAUAUUCAUGGGUUAAAGUGGAAUUAAGAGACAUCAACGAUAACAAACCACAAUUUGAGAAACCAAACAUUGAGGCACCUGUCUUUGAAAAUGCAGAGAUUGGGAAGAAUCUAAAGACCUUUAAGGCUACAGAUCCAGACCAAGGUGGGCAGAGCAAGGUAUCCUAUGCUAUAGAUCGAGCAUCAGAUAGAAGGAGACAGUUUGCCAUAGAUAGCUCUGGAACUGUCAAAAUUCAGAGAAUGCUAGACAGGGAAGAGAAUCCACGUCAUUCUGUUAAGAUCCUGGCCAUUGAUGAUGGUACUCCAGCAAAAACAGCUACUGCCACACUUACAGUUAUAGUCCAAGAUAUUAACGACAAUGCCCCUAGAUUCCUCAAAGACUACCGUCCAGUCUUACCUGAAAAUCAGUCUCCAAGGAAAAUAGUGGAAGUUUUAGCAACUGAUGAUGAUGACAGAUCUAAAGGAAAUGGACCUCCUUUCCAUUUCCGUAUGGAUUCCACAGCAUCAGAUGAAAUUCGUGCAUCUUUCAAGGUUGAGCAUAUUCCUAAAGGAGCUAAUGGUGAUGGCAUGGCAGUAAUAUCCUCAUUAAGAACAUUUGAUCGUGAGGUACAGAAAGAAUACCAUGUACCUAUUGUCAUCAAAGAUGCUGGUACACCUCAAAUGACUGGCACCUCAACAUUGACCAUCAUAAUUGGAGAUGAAAAUGACAACAAAAUGCAGCCUGGUGCAAAAGACAUUUUUGUCUAUAACUACAAGGGACAGGCUCCAGAGACACGCAUUGGUCGAGUCUAUGUUUAUGACCUUGAUGAUUGGGACUUGCCUGACAAGAAGUUCAAAUGGGCAACAGAAGCACAUCCCAAUUUCAAGCUGAAUGAAGGUGAUGGUAUGAUCACAAUGAAGCAGCAUACUCAGGAAGGAACAUACUUCCUCCAGUUCCAUGUUUAUGAUCGAAAACACACGCAGACAGAUGUUGAGGCCAAUGUAACUGUAACAGUUAAGGAAAUUCCUGAAAUAGCAGUCAUCAAUUCUGGGUCUAUCCGUAUUGCCAAUAUGACAGAUGAGGACUUCAUCAGGAUAUGGGAUUACAGGAGUCAGCGUGUGGUGCGUAGUAAAGCAGACAUGUUCCGAGAGAAAAUAGCGAGACUUGUCGGUACAAACAUUGAAAAUGUUGAUGUAUUUAGUAUACAGCUGAGACAAGAAAGACCACCAAUCACAGACAUCCGCUUCUCAGCUCAUGGAUCGCCUUACUACCAUCCAAUUAAAUUAAAUGGUCUUGUCCUGCAACACAGAGCAGAGAUAGAAAGUGAGAUUGGUAUCAAUAUCACUAUGGUUGGUAUUGAUGAAUGUCUCUACGAAAAUGUUGCUUGUGAAGGAUCUUGUACAAACCACCUAGUUAUAUCAAAUUUGCCAUAUAUGGUGAAUGCAAACAAAACAUCGCUAGUAGGUGUAAGAACAGAAGUGAUACCUGAAUGCACUUGUGGAGCUCGUAACUUCUCUGCAGAAGAAUCCUGCCGUCCAAACCCUUGUUAUAACGGUGGCCGAUGUAUCGAAGGGAAAUCAGGAAUUCGUUGCAGAUGUCAAGAGGGGUACGAUGGUCCCCGUUGCCAGAUGCUGAGACGUACAUUCCGAGGUAAUGGCUUUGCCUGGUUCCCAGCCCUAGCCAUGUGCGAUAACUCUCACAUCAGCCUGGAAUUCCUUACAAGACGAGCAGAUGGUCUUCUCUUCUAUAAUGGACCCAUCACACCUCCAGAAACAGAUGAAACUAUUGUGUCUGACUUCAUUGCUCUUGAACUAGAAAAUGGUCGACCAAGAUUGUUGAUAGAUUUUGGUUCUGGUACCUUGCAGCUCAAAGUCAACACCAAAAACCAGCUUAAUGAUGGAAGCUGGCACAAAAUUGACAUAUUCUGGGACACAGAGACUGUGAGAAUGGAUGUAGAUCAUUGUGUAGCAGCAGAAGUUCAAGAACCUGAAGAUGGCAGUGACCCCAUCUUUGACCCCUCAGGCUGUCAGGCCAAGGGAACCAUUCCUCCAUUCAAUGAAUACCUGAAUGUCAAUGCCCCACUUCAGGUUGGUGGCUUGGCACACGAGCAGCCAGAUCCCAGCUUGUACAAGUGGCAACAUGUACCUCAUGGCCGACCCUUCAGUGGCUGCAUUAAGAACCUCAUGGUCAAUAGUGAAUUGUAUGAUCUUGCCCGUCCAGGCCUGUACCGUCAUACUCAAAUGGGUUGCCCACAGCUGGAGGAGGCUUGUAGAACUAAUGCCAUUGUGCCAACUUGUGGACCAAAUGGUGUGUGCUCAGGGUCACUGUCUCAGCCAGUGUGCAAGUGCAAGCCAGGCUGGACAGGCCCAACAUGUGACGAACCCACAAAUUCCUCCUACUUUGAGACACAAUCCUACGUAAAAUAUGCACUGUCAUUCAAGCCUAACUCCUUCAGCACAGAAAUCCAGCUCAGAUUCCGUACUUGGCAGGAGUAUGGUGAACUGUUCAGAAUUUCAGAUCAGCAUAAUAGAGAAUACGGCAUCUUGGAGAUCAAAGAUGGAAGGUUACGAUUCCGCUACAAUCUAAACAGUUUACGGACAGAAGAACAUGAUCUGUGGCUGUCUGCAGUGGCUGUUAAUGAUGGCAUCUGGCAUUCUGUAACAGUGGAGAGACAUGGCUCUACUUCAACUCUGAGGAUGGAUGGUGGUGAAGGCCGACGCUACAAUGAAACAAUGGCAUUCUCAGGCCACAUGUUGAUGGAUGUUGACAAGCAGGAAGGUGUAUAUGCAGGAGGAAAGGCAGAGUACACAGGCAUCAGAACCUUCGAAGUAUACAAUGAUUACAAAUUGGGUUGCUUGGAUGACAUCAGACUUGAGGGCAAGCAUCUUCCCCUUCCUCCAGGCCUCAAUGGCACCCAGUGGGGUCAAGCCACAAUGUUCCGUAACUUGGUCAAGAACUGCAUUUCACAAAACCAGUGUAUCAAUGUCACUUGUCUAGCACCUUUCACAUGCAAGGACUUGUGGAUGAAACAUGAGUGCGGCUGCCCAGAGGGAUCCAUUCAUCACCAUGGCGACUGCCUCAACAUCAACGAAUGUGAGCUAUGGCAACCUUGCAGUAAUGGAGGAGUGUGUCGGGAUCUUGAACCUGAUGAGGGCGGAUAUAUGUGUGACUGUGUUGAUGGUUUCCAAGGAUUAGAUUGCACACGACCCCUUACGGAGACUGUUCUUAAACCAUCCACUGAUUUUGUUGUUGCCAUUGUCAUCUGUAUUCUGGUACUGCUAGUUUUGGUGCUAGUGUUUGUGGUUUACAACCGGCAAAAGGAGCGUCACUUCCCUAAGGCUGAUCCUUAUGAUGACGUGCGUGAGAACAUCAUCAAUUAUGAUGAUGAAGGAGGCGGAGAGGAUGACAUGACAGCCUUCGACAUCACCCCACUGCAGAUCCCAGUAGGGCCAGCCAUUGGCAAUGGUGGACCUCUUCUGGGCAAAAUGCCAUAUGGUCCUGGUGGACAGCCUGAUGUUGGGGUGUUCAUUAGUGAACACAAGAAUAAGGCUGACAAUGAUCCCAAUGCACCACCAUUUGAUGAUCUACGUAAUUAUGCUUAUGAAGGAGGUGGUUCAACGGCAGGUUCUCUCUCAUCUCUGGCCUCAGGCACUGAUGACAACGAACAAGAUUUUGACUACUUGAACAACUGGGGUCCACGCUUUAGUAAGCUGGCUGACAUGUAUGGUCAUGGAGAGUCUGAAGAAGAAGAGGACCAUUAAGUGGCGAAGUUGUAGCCUCACUAUUUUACUCACCUCAUUGCUGGAGCAUCUUCCUCAACACCAUCGUGAAGCACUGUUAAAGUUCUUAACCUGGGAAAACUCAGGGCAUCAGCUGGGGGGGAGGGGUCCGUCCCUCUUUUGCAAGAACGAUUGGCCCAUGUGGAGAGAUAACUUGUUUUAAUAUUGCCCUUUGUCAUAUACAUGUUGCCUUAAAUAGAUCAUUAAAUCAGCAAUAUCUACAGGAUUAAGAAGACAUGAAUCACAUCAGUAUGUCAGUGAAUGAAAGCUUUACUGGUGCUAUAUUUAAAAUUAAAUCAGAUGCUCGUUUAGGUCUGACUUGCCAAAAAAAUAAAUAAUGAAUAAAUAAAUAAAUAAUACCAAACAAUAUUUAAUGACUAGUUUCCUGUUUAGCAUAACUUUGAGAGUAAGUUGAGGGAUGUGGUAUAGUUCAUUUAUAGAGGAUAAAUACAGUAUUAGAUACUCAUGGAGUCCCUUGUAUGUAAUAUAUAGCUUAUUCCCUGCUGUCCUUAUAUGUGGUAGUAGGAAGUGUAUCCUCCACUUGGCCUGACUGAGGGCGGCUGCAGACCAGACGUGGCCGUCCCGGAGGCUUAAAGCAGGUCCACCCCAGAAAGAGACUGGUCCUCCUUCCUUAGGUCAUGUAAUGAACAUGACACCCCCCCACAGUGCCAAGACUUUACAAUGAGGUGAUGGAAGAUGCCAGUGUUCAGUGUAGAGUUAAAGCUCCCUCUACAAUCAUUUGUAGUGAUAAAAAGUCCUAUCUUGUAAAGAAUGUAAGGACAGCCACCCAAGGCCGAGGCAGUGCAUCAUUGUCAUUUGUGAUUGGUGGGAGAAGAACUAACAUUCCAUAAAAGACAGUUGUGUGAUAGUAUGGGAUGAAAGGUGAAGAGUCUUGGAUUGAGUAUUUACAUGUUUUUGUUAUGACCCAUGUUACGUGCCAAGUACCCCAGGCAAAUCUGUUUUGAUUUGUGCAUUAUUGACUUUAAAAAAGUGCAUUUUUGUGCUAUACCUAUUGAUUUUAUUUGUUUGUCCUCAUUCACUACAACUGUGAAGCAUAUCAAGACUACAAGGGUUUAACGUAUUGCACCACAGACUCUGAGGACAGCAUUUAUUGGUUCUCAUGUGAUGAGUUAUAUACUCUUAUAUGUGUGUAGGGGAGUGUGGGCCAUUCAUAGCCUCCCCCUGUAUACUACUCUCACCCUUAGUUUAUACCAGGUCAGUACUGCAACUCCGUGCAUUCUGCAGGCUCCACCAAGGCCUGUACACUCACAAAUGAAUCUCAGGCAGUACUGAAAUAUCCUGUGUGAGGAACGUGUUUGAAUGUAUGUAAAGUUUUUGUACAUGUGUAGAUAUUUAAGGAGGAGAUAGAUGUCUCAAAGAAUGAAAUAGUUCUUUUUCAAUAUUUGCUCAUCUGUAUGAAAGCUAGACAGCAAGAUCAGGUAGACAUGUGACGACAGCUUCAUUACUGUAGGCAUUCACUGAUUAGUAAGUUUGUUACUGAACUGUAGUCUUCUCUUGGUGUCUUGCUGUGCAAGUUUUUGAAAGAAGUGACAAUUGAUUUUUUCUCAAGUGCUGAUGUUUGUAGACUGGGUCAGUCUCGGGUGAAGAGGCCAGGGCUUUUCCUCCUGCAUAACAAAAUAUCCUUUUUAUAAAAUCUGAUUUUCAUCAUAACAUUUUGUGCUGCAAAGGAAGCAAUAAAAGCUUGCUUGUUUCAUAUUUCAUUUUCAGCUGCUUUGAUCUGAUUUCAAUAAUAUAGAAAUAAAAGCUCCCGAGGUGAUGUUUUAUCACUUCUAAUCAAAUAUUUCCUAUGUCGUGCAGGCAUUGUCUUGGUUAGACCUGUGCCUUUUCACCCAAGGUGACCCUCCCCCACAAAAUCCCUCAAGUCAGUUACCCUCCCAUUCCUGCCCCCAACACCCUCCAACCCAUUCCAGCCCUGGCGCAAUAUGGGCUGUUUCAGCUCACCGCCCACCUUCCCACCCAUAGGUCUCGCCUGUGGUGAUGCCCCUGCCCCUCAGAGAAGGAACUGUUUUUGGUUCCACAAGUUUAUUCCUCAAUAUGUGUUGACAGAUUGUCUUUGGAUCCACAAAAUCAUAGACUGAGUAAAGCAUUAUAAUAUUAGAUAAAGAAUAUAUCAAGAGUGAGAACUCUUCAUCACCACACAACAUAACCUCAACAGCACUGCCAUAUUUGGUGGGAGCAGGCUGGGUUGUUUAGUCAUUGGCUUCUUAUAAUAUGAUUAAUUAUUAUCAUUAUUUUAUUAUUAUUAUCAUCAUCAUCGUAGUGUUAGAGCUAUUGUGCACAAGUUGGUCAUAAAGAGAACGGAGCUGGUCUCGGGCAUAUUUCAGUGGCUCCUCUCUAGGUUCUUGGACCAAUUGUAUAAAUUAUUAUCAUGUAUCUUGAAUAGGAGAAGUUGACACUUGAGUUUUCUUGUGCAGAGUCAUCCCUCAUCCCUCACAUAUGCACCAACUUGACCCAGCUCCAGACUCCCCACACUUAUUGUUUCCUUCCUCUGAUUACGACUAGGUCAAGACGACCCAUUUUGCAAAUUGGACUCUGCACAAGACAACAGGCUUCCCCCUGAAGUUAACCGAGCCCAGCCAACUUGUUUUUAUAGCAUUCCAUAUACCAGAAGAUGUAUGUAUGAAUGCAUUAUUCAUUUUCACAUUUUGUAUCAAACAAAGAAUUAACAUCUUGCUAGAAUUCUAGGAAUGUAUAAACUGGGUUUCUCUGAUCUGCUGCAAAUGAUUGAUUGUGGCAUGACUCCAAGUUUUCCCAGAGAUCUUUGUCAGUGAGGUUUCAUUUAUAGAACAUCAUUGACAACAUAUCAAAUGCACAUGAUCAAUGAUUCCCCCAUCAUUCACUCCAUUGGCUGAAUCAUUUGUUCCUGUCUUUGUCUUUUUAUAUUGCUCUUCAUGCCCUGUACCAAGAGUUAUGGUUUAUCCCAGGGCCAGAGUAUCAUGUGAAAUAUUAGUAAAUGUCAUUUUUCAACUAUAUACUCAUCAAAUGUCACAAACCUGAGAUUUUCUCAUUAUGUUUUAUCUUAGUCUGUUGACUUUUUAAACUUUGGCCCAGGGAACCAUGAAAGGUCAAUGAGUAGAAUAAUAUUUCCUAAAAAAAGAGAAAGUUUUGUACCCUUCUUCAUGCUGAGUUAAAGUUAUCCAGCAGAGAUGUCCCAGAAAGGGCAAGAAGCCAUAGCAACUAAGCUUUUGUUUGAUGUUUUUAAGCUGUGAUUUUACUGUGUCUGCAUUGUCAUCUGAAAUAGAUUAAAGCCUUUGUGUAAAUAUC